ACAUUUCGAGGCGCUCUGGGGCACACGAGUUCAACGUCCACUUAAUGUUAUUUUUUAGGAAUCUAACUCCAGCAAGGACACCUCCAGAGAUGUCUCCAGUCCUUCACUUCUAUGUCCAUCCCUCUGGCCACGAGGGGGCAGCCUCUGGACACACUCAAAGGAAACUGCAAGUUAAACUUCCAGAGCUGCAGGGUGUUGAGACUGAGCUUUGCUACAAUGUGAACUGGACAGCUGAGGCCCUCCCAAGUGCUGAGGAGAUGAAGAAGCUGAUGUGGCUAUUUGGCUGCCCCUUGUUGCUGAAUGAUGUUGCUCAGGAGUCCUGGCUCCUUCUUGGAUCCAGUGACCUGCUGCUGGAGGUCGGGCCCAGGCUGAACUUCUCCACCCCAACAUCUACCAACAUCGUGUCGGUGUGCCAUGCCGCUGGGCUGGGGGCUGUGGAUCGUGUGGAGACCACUCGGCGCUACCGGCUCUCGUUUGCCCAUCCUCCUUCAGCUGAGGUGAAGGCUGUUGCUCUCGCUACUCUGCAUGACCGGAUGACGGAGCAGCACUUCCCCCAUCCCAUCCAGAGUUUCUCCCCUGGGAGCCUCCCAGCACCCCUCAAUGGCCCUAUCAACAUACUGGCUGAAGGCCGGCUUGCUUUGGAGAAGGCCAAUGAGGAGCUAGGUCUGGCCCUAGAUUCCUGGGAUCUGGACUUCUACACCAAGCGCUUUCAGGAGCUGCAGAGGAACCCCAGCACCGUGGAGGCCUUUGACUUGGCUCAGUCCAAUAGUGAGCAUAGCCGACACUGGUUCUUCAAGGGCCAACUCUAUAUGGAUGGGCAGAAGUUGGCAUGUUCUCUGUUUGAGUCCAUCAUGAGCACCCAGGCAUCUUCGAACCCAAACAACAUUCUCAAGUUCUGUGACAACAGCAGUGCAAUCCAGGGCAAGGAAGUCCGAUUCCUACAACCUGAGGACCCCACACAGCCAAGCUGCCUCCAGCAUCAGCAGAGGCUGAGACAUGUUGUCUUCACAGCAGAGACCCACAACUUUCCCACAGGAGUAUCUCCCUUCAGUGGUGCAACCACAGGCACAGGGGGCCGGAUUCGAGAUGUCCAGUGUACAGGCCGUGGGGCCCACGUGGUGGCUGGCACUGCCGGCUAUUGCUUUGGAAACCUGCACAUCCCAGGUCCCUUCUUCUUCCUCUCUAUCUACUUUCCCUUCCAGAUUCCUUGUCCUGGCAGGUACCAAACAUUUUCAUCUGUUAGGUCAAAGGCCAGUAAUGGGGCUUCUGACUACGGCAACAAGUUCGGGGAACCAGUGCUGGCUGGUUUUGCCCGCUCCUUUGGCCUCCAGCUCCCGAACGGUCAGCGGCGUGAGUGGAUCAAGCCCAUCAUGUUUAGUGGGGGCAUUGGGUCCAUGGAAGCUGAGCAUGUGAGCAAAGAGCCCCCAGAGCCAGGCAUGGAUGUUGUAAAGAUUGGGGGUCCUGUCUACAGGAUUGGAGUUGGAGGUGGAGCUGCUUCAUCCGUGCAGGUGCAGGGAGACAACGCUAGUGACCUGGACUUCGGGGCUGUGCAGCGGGGAGACCCAGAGAUGGAACAGAAGAUGAACCGUGUGAUCAGGGCUUGUGUGGAGGCUCCCAAGGGAAAUCCCAUCUGCAGCCUCCAUGACCAGGGUGCUGGUGGCAAUGGCAACGUCCUGAAGGAGCUGAGUGACCCAGCUGGAGCCAUCAUUUAUACUAGCCGCUUCCAGUUGGGGGACCCAACCCUGAAUGCCCUGGAAAUCUGGGGGGCCGAGUACCAGGAGUCAAAUGCACUUCUGCUUAGGACUCCGCACCGGGACUUCCUGAACCAUGUCAGUGCCCGAGAACGCUGCCCGACUUGCUUUGUAGGCACCAUCACUGGAGACAGGAGAAUAGUGCUGGUGGAUGAUCGAGAGUGUCCUGUGGGGAGAAAUGGCCAAGGGGAUGCCCCUGCAACAACCCUUCCAACCCCUGUGGACCUGGAGCUGGACUGGGUGCUGGGCAAGAUGCCUCGGAAGGAAUUCUUCCUCCAGAGGGAUCUUCCUGUGCUACAGCCUCUGGUCUUACCCGCAGGGCUGAGUGUGCACCACGCUCUGGAGCGGGUUCUAAGGUUGCCUGCCGUGGCCAGCAAGCGCUACCUCACCAACAAGGUGGACCGCUCCGUAGGAGGCCUGGUGGCCCAGCAGCAGUGCGUUGGUCCUCUGCAGACUCCUCUGGCAGAUGUAGCAGUUGUGGCACUGAGCCACCAGGAGCUCGUAGGGGCUGCUACGGCCCUAGGAGAACAGCCAGUCAAGAGCCUGCUGGACCCCAAGGUUGCUGCCCGGCUGGCUGUGACUGAAGCCCUCACCAACUUGAUGUUUGCUCUGGUCACUGACCUCCGAGACGUGAAGUGCAGCGGGAACUGGAUGUGGGCAGCCAAACUCCCAGGAGAGGGCGCAGCUUUAGCUGAUGCCUGUGAGGCAAUGGUGACAGUGAUGGUGGCCCUGGGUGUGGCAGUGGACGGUGGCAAGGACUCCCUCAGCAUGGCUGCCCGGGUUGGCACUGAGACUGUGCGGGCUCCUGGGUCACUGGUCAUCUCAGCCUAUGCCGUCUGCCCAGAUAUCACAGCCACCGUGACCCCAGACCUUAAGCAUCCCGGAGGGAAAGGCCAUCUGCUCUAUGUACCUCUGAGCCCUGGGCAGCACCGGCUGGGUGGCACGGCUCUGGCCCAAUGCUUCUCCCAGCUUGGGGAGCAGCCUCCUGACCUAGACCUUCCUGAGAACUUAGUGCGUGCCUUCAGCAUCACCCAGGGGCUGCUGAAAGACCACCUUCUCUGCUCAGGCCAUGAUGUCAGCGAUGGAGGCCUCAUCACCUGUCUGCUAGAGAUGGCCUUUGCUGGGAAUUGCGGGAUAGGGGUGGAUGUGCCUGCCCCGGGGGUUGAUGCGCUGCCUGUGCUGUUCGCUGAAGAACCAGGCCUGGUGCUGGAGGUGCAAGAACCAGACUUGGCCCAAGUGCUAAAGCAUUACCGGGAUGCUGGCCUCCACUGUCUAGAACUGGGUUGCACAGGAGAUGUUGGGCCCCACGCCAUGAUCCGGGUGUCAGUGAAUGGGGCUGUGGUUCUGGACGAGCCUGUUGGGCAGCUGCGAGCCCUUUGGGAGGAGACGAGUUUCCAGCUGGACCGGCUGCAGGCAGACCCGCAGUGUGUGGCAGAGGAGGAACAGGGCCUGAGGGAACGCUCGGGCCCCAACUACUGCCUGCCCCCCACCUUUCCGAAAGCCUCCUUGCCCCGAGAACCUGGUGGUCCCACCCCCCGAGUCGCCAUCUUGCGAGAGGAGGGCAGUAAUGGAGACCGAGAGAUGGCUGAUGCCUUCUACUUGGCUGGGUUUGAGGUGUGGGAUGUGACCAUGCAAGACCUCUGCUCUGGGGCAAUUGGACUGGACACAUUCCGUGGUGUGGCCUUUGUGGGAGGCUUCAGCUAUGCUGAUGUCCUAGGCUCUGCCAAAGGGUGGGCAGCUGCUGUGACCUUUCAUCCACAGGCUGGGGCUGAGCUAAGGCGCUUCCGGAAGCGGCCAGACACCUUCAGCCUGGGCGUGUGUAACGGCUGUCAGCUGCUGGCUCUGCUGGGCUGGGUGGGAGGCGACCCCAGUGAAGAUGCCCAGGAACUGGGCUCUGACUCCUGGCCAGCCCGUCCUGGCCUUCUGCUACGCCACAAUCUCUCUGGGCGUUACGAAUCUCGAUGGGCCAGCGUGCGUGUGGGGCCCGGGCCAGCCCUGAUGCUGCGAGGGAUGGAGGGCGCUGUGCUACCAGUGUGGAGUGCCCAUGGGGAAGGUUACAUGGCUUUUUCUUCUCCAGAACUCCAGGCCCAGAUUGAGGCCAGGGGUUUGGCUCCACUGCAUUGGGCAGAUGAUGAUGGGAACCCCACAGAGCAGUACCCCUUGAAUCCCAAUGGGUCCCCAGGGGGUGUGGCUGGUGUCUGCUCCCAAGAUGGCCGCCACCUGGCUCUCAUGCCUCACCCUGAGCGGGCUGUGAGGCCUUGGCAGUGGGCAUGGCGACCCCCUCCAUUUGACACUCUGACCACCUCCCCCUGGCUCCAGCUCUUCAUCAAUGCCCGAAACUGGACACAGGAAGGAAGCUUCUGAGCAAAUCGGGAAGGCUCACCUGGGCCUCAUGGUUUGCCCCCUGAAUAUGUGCUGCCCUCCCUCCCAGGAGCACCCCAUAUUAUUUCCAAAAGUAUCUUGGACAGACAAGGACUGAAAUGUAAAAAAACUCAGCUGACUUAGUAAUCUGCCUGCUAAUUUUGCCUUC